AUGGUCAGCUGUGUCUGGGCAGUUCCACGAGGCAAGGAUACGAGGGUCAGCAUGAAUGCCCCGCUCAGGCUGACGGAGGAUUUAUGUCGGGACCUUCCUGGCGAUGACAGAGCAGUCAGCAUGGCUUCUUCGCGUCCUGUCUAUUCGCUGCAGGAGGUCUCGCGGCAUAACAUCGCAAAGGACCUCUGGAUCGUAAUCGAGAAGGAAGUCUACGAUGUCACCCAAUUUCAGGCAGAGCACCCCGGUGGCGCGAGGAUCCUGCGGAAGCUCGCUGGCAAAGACGCAACGGAGAAAUUCCUCGAGUAUCAUGAUACAUCCAUCCUCACCCGAUACCGAGAGCGCUUGCAGGUCGGAGUGUUGUUCGAGGGACCGGAGCCGCAGAAGGGAUUCCUUAGUAGAUUCUUCCGCUCAUGA